AGAGGUCACGGGGAGAUAGCCACCUAUAGCGUCGGGGGGGGCGGAUCCCGGAGGGGCCGCUGGCCAAUUGGCGCGCUCGUCUGAAUGGCGUUUGGCGCCCAGCGGUGACGGCUGGGUUGAUUGCGAGGCCGCUGUGCAGCUCUCAGGCUGUCCGCGCUUGGAAGGGUCAUGCUUCCGAGGGUUCUGUCGCUCGGCAUGCGCCGGGGCCCCUUGACCCGGAGGCGAGGCACGCUUAGAGGAGGCUUUUCUCUGGACUGGGAGGAGAUAUUGUCUGAGAUUAAGAAGAAGAUCCAGUCAGGGCUGCCUGGAACGGACUUGCAUCCACUGUAUGACCGCAGCCACCUGCCCCCCGACCACUCGGAUGUGGUGAUCGUAGGAGGUGGGGUACUUGGCCUGUCUGUGGCCUAUUGGCUGAAGAAGCUGGAGAAGCAGCGAGAUGCUCUUCGGGUGCUGGUCGUGGAACGGGACCUCACGUAUUCACGGGCCUCCAGUGCACUCUCACUGGGUGGGAUUCAUCAGCAGUUCUCAUUGCCUGAGAACAUCCAUCUCUCCCUCUUUUCAGCCAGCUUUCUACGGAACAUCAAUGAGCACCUGGCUGUGGUCGAUGCCCCUCCCCUGGAUCUCCAGUUCAACCCCUUAGGCUACCUCUGGCUGGCUUCAGAAAAGAAUGCUGCAGCCAUGGAGAACAACGUGAAAGUGCAGAGGCAGGAGGGAGCCAAAGUUUGUCUGAUGUCUCCUGAUCAGCUUCGGAACAAGUUUCCCUGGAUAAACACAGAGGGAGUGGCUUUGGCGUCCUAUGGGAUGGAGGACGAAGGUUGGUUUGACCCCUGGUGUCUGCUCCAGGGGCUUCGGCGAAAGGUCGAGUCCAUGGGAGUCCUUUUCUGCCAGGGAGAGGUGACACGUUUUGUCUCUUCAUCUAACCUCAUGUUGACCAAAAAUGAGAAAGAGGUGAAAAUGAAAAGGAUCUAUGAAGUCCACGUGAAGAUGGACAACAGCCUGGAAUACCAGCCUGUGGAAUGCGCCUUAGUGAUCAAUGCAGCCGGAGCCUGGUCUUCGCAUAUCGCAGCACUGGCUGGUAUUGGGAAGGGGCCGCCUAACACCCUGCAGGGCACCAAGCUACCUGUGGAGCCGAGGAAAAGGUAUGUGUAUGUGUGGCAUUGCCCCCAGGGACCAGGCUUGGAGAGUCCACUCGUUGCAGACACUAGUGGAACCUAUUUCCGCCGGGAAGGAUUAGGUGGCAACUACCUGGGUGGCCGUAGCCCCACUGAGGAGGAAGAACCGGACCCAGGGAACCUGGAAGUGGACAAUGAUUUCUUCCAGGACAAGGUGUGGCCCCAUUUGGCUCAGAGGGUCCCAGCUUUUGAGACUCUGAAGGUUCAGAACGCCUGGGCCGGCUAUUACGACUACAACACCUUUGACCAGAAUGGUGUGCUGGGCCCCCAUCCACUAGUUGUCAACAUGUUCUUUGCUACUGGCUUCAGCGGUCAUGGGCUCCAGCAGGCCCCUGGUGUGGGACGAGCUGUGGCAGAGAUGAUACUGGAGGGCCGCUGCCAGACCAUCAACCUGGACCCCUUCCUCUUCAGCCGCUUUUACUUGGGAGAGAAGAUCCAGGAGGACAACAUCAUCUGAGCAUGUGCGCUCUGCACCGGCCCCACUGGCUUGCAUCCUGGCCGUGUUCACGGCCUUCUUUCUUCUUUUUCUGUUCCAGUCUUCCCCAGCACCGUGCCGGGCCUUCUCCCUUUCCCCACUCUCCUGUCAGGCAGGCCAUUGCCCCUUCAUGGCUGGGCAGGCACAGGCACUGAGGCCCAGGCCAACAGUGAGUGAUGAGCAGGAUCCUAGGACUGAUCUGUAGCCCAUGCUGGUGUCAUCCACCAGGGAAAUCCAGCUGGAGGCCUGGGCACCCUGGCCCAGGACUGGCUCCAUCCUGGCACUGACCAGAAAACACUGCCUCUGACCCUCAGCAGAUAGAGCCCUGGCAGGGGAGCAUUCUGGGGCAGCCUGGCUCAGGUUUAUUGGUUGUCUCUUUACCCUAUCCAUCAGUCAAUACAUGUAAUUAACUCCCUCCCUCCA